GUGAUGACGGAGGAGCGAUGUCCGCAGCUGGUGGAUUAUUUCGUGGUGGCGGGUCUGGCGGGCGACUCUUCUCCGCUGGACGAGGAGGGUCAGCAGAGGGGCGUGCGAGCGGUGCAGCCCGUCACGGAUCUGGCCGUGAUCGCCCGCGGCCUUGGGGAGGACGUCCCGGAGGGCUUCACCUGCAUCGAGAAGACUCAAGGAGGCCAUCCGGCGGAGCUGAGCGCCGGACUGCUGAACAACCCGCACAUGUUCCUGUGCUACAGGAGAGGACACGACAAACCGCCCCUCGUGGAGCUCGGCGUUCUGUACGAGGGUAAGGAUCCCGUGCGGCCGGGAUGGCAGGUGAUCGAGACGACGCCGUACAGCCGGUCGGCCAGCCUGAGCUCCGGCGGCCCCACGACCCACCGCACCUUCCUGACGUUCCGCAGAGCGCCGGACUCACAGGCGCUGAACACGCUGGGCGUGACCGAGAUCUCGCUGCUGAUGCCCAGCAAGGGCGAGACGGCGCCGCACACCUACUGCCGAGUGGACAAGAACCUCAACACGGGCAUGUGGGGUCCAGCGCUGUAUCUUUGCUACAAGCGUUCAGUGGCUAAAGCAAACGCUCUGGUGUACGAGGCAGGUCUGAUCAGUCGGUAUCCUGAGGAGGAUCUGGAGUCGUUUCCUCUGCCGGAUUCAGUCCCAGUGUUCUGCCUCCCGAUGGGUGUGACGGUGGAGAGCUGGCCGCUCAACACCAAAUACCAGCUGCCCAUCUUCUCCACGUUUGUCCUGACCAGCGCCUCCGGAGACAAGGUGUACGGUGCAGCGAUCCAGUUCUACGAGGCGUACCCGCGCGAGUCUCUGUCCGAGAGGCAGUGUGUGCGUCUGGGUCUGCUGAGCGUCGUCGACCGCCGGCCCAUCACCAACCGCAGCGUGCAGGUCAAGAAGAGCAUCUGCGUUCUGUCGCACUGGCCCUUCUUCAGCGUCUUCCAGAAGUUCCUCACAUUCAUAUACAGAUACUCCAUCUCUGGGCCGCACGUGCUGCCGCUGGAGAAGCACAUAUCGAGCUUCAUGCACAACGUCCCGUUCCCGUCCGCUCAGCGUCCUCGUAUCCUGGUGCAGCUCUCUCCCUAUGAUAACCUGCUGCUCUGUCAGCCCGUCUCGUCCCCGCUGCCGCUCAGUGGUGCCAGUUUUGUGAAGCUGCUGCAGAAUCUGGGUCCAGAGAACGCCUGUACGCUGCUGCUGGCCGUCCUGACCGAACACAAGCUGCUGCUGCACUCGCUGCGGCCCGAUGUGCUGACGUCCGUCAGCGAGGCGCUGGUGUCGAUGUCGUUUCCCCUGCGCUGGUACUGCCCCUACAUCCCCCUGUGCCCGCUGCGGAUGGCAGAUGUGCUGUGUGCGCCCAUGCCCUUCAUCGUGGGCGUGCACUCCAGCUACUUCGACCUGUACGACCCUCCGUCUGACGUGGUGUGUGUGGAUCUGGACACCAACACCAUUUUCCAGUCUGAAGAUAAGAAGCCUCUGUCCUGGAGGUCUUUCCCCAGGAAACAUGGGAAAAUCCUGCUGAACUCUCUGACCAACCUGCACAAAACUCUGGAGAAGAUCUACACGCCCGGGCAGGAGGAGGCCACGCUGGAGUUCCUGCUGACGGACUACGAUCUGAUCUACGGCCGUCAGAAGCAGCUGGAGCUGGAGAUCCAGGAGGCGUUUCUGCGCUUCAUGAGCUCUUUACUGAGAGGAUACAGGUCCUUCCUGCUGCCCAUCACACAGGCGCCGUCGGACCGAACCACAGACUGCAGCUCCCUCUUCAACCUGCAGGGUUUCCUGAAGUCACGUGAUCGCACGCAGCAGAAGUUCUACACCCAGCUCACGAAGACGCAGAUGUUCACGCAGUUCAUCGAGGAGUGCUCGUUCGUCAGCGACCGUCACGCCAGCCUGGAGUUCUUCGACGAGUGCGUGCAAAAGGUGGAUGUGGAGAAGCCGGAGGACGUGCGAUUGAUAGAUCAUGACGAGUGUCACAGCGGCGAACACACGGUGUUCAUAAUGCCUCCGGAGGAGCCGCAGGAGCCCGACGGGUCAGAGUGUCCCGCACACUACAGCUACGACACGUUCCCGAUCCUCCAGCCGGAUCUGUUCGAUCGGCCGCUGGAUCAGCUGCGCACUCCUGCUAAAGGAAGCGCCCCGAGUAGCCCCGCCCCCCGGCGCACCAAACAGGAAAUAAAGCUGGCGCAGAAGAAGGCCCAGAAGUACUCGACGGUGCCGGACAUGUGGUCCAAGUGCCUGCUGGGUCACUGCUACGGCCUGUGGUUCAUCUACUUGCCCACGUUUGUUAAAGCAGAGAGCACUAAGGUCCGCGCGCUGCACACCGCAUACGAGGUCCUCAAACACAUGGAGACGCGGAAGGUGGUGCUGCCCGACGAGGUGUGUUACCGGAUCCUGAUGCAGCUGUGCGGUCAGUACGGGCAGCCCGUUCUAGCGGUCCGAGUCCUGCUGGAGAUGAAGAAAGCUGGAAUUACGCCCAACACCAUCACAUACGGAUACUACAAUAAAGCGGUGCUAGAGAGCAAGUGGCCAUCCACCAAUCAGGGAGGGCGUCUUCGCUGGGCGAAGCUUCGUAACGUGAUAUUGGCCGUGGCUCACUUCAGGCAGCCAAUCAAACAGCAGCACAGGAGCGCGUCUCUCGGUUCCCGCCCAGGAGAUGUGCUGUCCAAGCCCCGCCCCUACUCGGCUCUGAUUCGUCAGUCCAGCUGGAGCGGGUUGAGUGAAAGCUCCAGCCACGAGUCUCUGACCAAGAGCAACAGUCUGAGCAGCGUCCAGGCGUCAGGAAGCAAGCUGAAGCUGUCAAAGAAAGCGUCAGCUGAUGCCGCAGCCUCCCGCAAGCCUCCCGCCGGCCCCGUGCUGGUGCGCCGCAGCGACGUCUGCCUGUCCACCUUCUACAGGGACUGCGCAGAGACCGCAGACGCAGACGCAGACGCAGACUGCAGGUGUCAGCCGGCCGAGAGGGACAGCAGGUCUGCAGAAGUGAGGGAGACUCUGAACAGGAAGUCGGUCGAUGAAAACUACAACAACGUUUCUUCUCCGAGCCGCGGACUGGCUGGGAAACUGCAGCAGCUGCUGACGCCCACCAGGAACCGGACGUCAGUGCGACGGGCCGCCAGCGUGGACGACCGACGGCCGGGAAACCCCCGCCGCACCUCCGACCACAAACCGUCACGGAAGAGUCAGAUGGCCGAGAGUCUGCUGAAGGCCAAAGAGCGGCUGUAUAACGCCACGUCUGAGAGCUCGCUGUCUGUAGGGAGCGACAUCGACAUGACGGACAUCCACACGCUGGCGGUUCCUCUCAGGAAGUCGUGGGAUUCUGCACAGGAAGGGGCGGGAAUUGAGGUGCUGAUGUCGAGCUGCUCGCUGUGCCGCAGCUGUAAUUCUCUGGUGUAUGAUGAGGAGAUCAUGGCGGGCUGGUCAUCUGACGACUCCAACCUCAACACCACCUGCCCGUUCUGCUCCGCACCGUUCGUCCCGCUGCUGAACGCUGAGAUCUGUGACAUGGGGCCCGUCUGCAGUGCGGAGCGCAGUCACCUGAACUCGGAGGAUGAUCUGGAGAACUCCAUCAGGCCUCCUGCUGGCCGGGACGACACACUGCAGCACCUGUGCAACGGCAUCAGAGAGACCGACUCCAGCUCCGAGACCAGCAGCCAAUCAGAGAGCAGCAGCCUGGCGGGCGGAACCCCGCAGGUGACGGUGGCGUACCUGAGCCCGCUGGUGCUGCGCAAGGAGAUGGAGAGUCUGCUGGAGAACGAGGGCGAGGCUGUUCUCUCUCAGGUCCAGCUGCUGGACAGUCACUCCAUCCUCUUCUGGAAUCUGGUGUGGUACUUCACACGCCUCGGCCUGCCCAGUAACCUGUCGCAGCUGCUGAGGGCGUCUCCGCUGACCGCACGGCUCACGCAGGUGCGCGUCAGGCUGAUGUGGGACACUUUGACCCCUGACAUGGAGCAGUGGCCGCCGCUCUACAUGCUCUGGAGGAUUCACAGUGGCGUCCCAAUGCGUACCUACACCUGGCGGCAUCACAACCAUCCCUUCACCCUCAGCUUCCUGGAGGAAGUGCUGCGAUGGGUCGGCAUGAACGAGGUACACAAGGCCAUCACGCUCUUCCUGGAUACUGUUGCUAAGCAACCAGGCACUCCUCGGAUACAGAGGAGUCUGUACAGAGAGAUGCUCUUCCUCACGCUGGCUGCUAUGGGCAAAGAUCACGUCGCUUCGUUCGAUAAGCGCUAUAAGACGGCGUUUGUGCGCUUGACCGGAUCUCUGGGCCGAGAGGAGCUGCGGAGGAAGAGGGUCCAGCCGCCCAGUCCUAAAGCCGUCGACUGCAGACGCUGCUUCCUGCUGCCGCUGGAGUGCUGAAGGCCACUUACACACACACACACACACUCACACUCACUCACACACUCACACACGCUCUCACACACACACACACACACACACACACACACACACACACACACACACACACACAUUCUCACUUACAUACAUUCACACAAACACACACUCCGCUUCGUAUCGUCACGUCUUGCUAUCUGCCUUCACACACACACACACACACACACACACACACACACACACACAGUCUAACUGCUUCACUGAAGACGCCCACGUGCUCCGCUGUGCAUUAUGGGAAUGUGCGAUCCUUCCACCAGAAACUGCUUCCGUAUCCCACAAUGCUGAGCAAACUGACGCCCCUCAGACACACACUUCCUGUCUCCACUAUGGAAGCCCAAAAACAUGCUUUUGUAAAUCGUAAUUAUGACAUAAAAUGUCUAAAUUAUGAGAUAAAAAGUUGAAAUUAGGACUUUUGGAGUAAAUUAUGACUCAGUUUUGACUUUUUAUCUCAUAAUUAUGAUUUAGUAUGUAAUAAUUUGGUCUCUUUAUGUCAUAAUUAUGAUUUUCAAAAGCAUGUUUUUGUGUGUGAGGAAUGUUCUUCCACUCUUGACUGAGGGUUUUUAGGAUAUGACGACACGGAAGCGUCUGGAUUUACCUCGUUUAUUUCUGUUGGGCUUGAUUGUGUUGAUUUCAUGGAACUCAAAUGACAGAAAGCAUCAUGGGAGUCUGUUUAGAUCGUCUUGCACUGGAGUGACGCUUUGAGCUCGUGUUCGUGUCAGAUGUUUCCCGACCAGCCUUUCUUCUUCCUCAUCAUCAUCAUCAUCAUCAUCAUCGCUCUGCGUCUGCACCGUGGACUGGAUCGUGUGGCAGCGGGUGAGGACACGAGUCAGUCGUGAGCCGCGUUAGUCACGUGAUCUUCAGCUGCUGUUCAAACACGCGUCAGUCAUUUUAACGGGUUUAACGUGAUGAUCCGUGACUUUAGCAGCUCCACGUUUCCUUCCUGCUCCUCUAGAAUCACGAUUUUACCAGCGAGACGUUAUUAUCAAACGCAUUCACCCCCAAACGCUCAGUCAUGUGAUCAGCAGGUCAUUUAAAGGGAAAGUUCGUCUAAAAUCAUCAUAGUAUAAGUAUAAAAUUAUGAAGGAAAUGGAUGCAUCCAAUCCUGUAAAUCACAAUACAUUUAAUUUAAAUAAUUGCAGUGACACAGAUGAUGAUUUUCAUAUUUUUGAGCGUUUUGGAGGUAAAUGUGCUUGAUUUUCAUGACAUUGUGUAAAAAAUAAUCUGAUAACACUUUACAGCAGUCUCAUUUGUUAAUGCAUUAAUUAAAAUGAUCUAUCAAUUAGCAAUUUACAGCAUUUAACAAUCCUAGUUAAUGUCGGUUAAUAAAAAUGCCAUUCUUCACAGUUAGUUCAUGUUUACAGUGCGUUAACUAAUGUUUACACGUGCGAGUUAUGAUUUUAAUGAUGCAUUAGUAAAUGUUGGUUUGAACUGAAACAGACUGAAGGUUCUGGCUCCGCCUCUCUUCCGAUCCGCGUGUUUUUGUGUUCGUACGAGUAAAAUCGGCCGUGAUCUGUGUUUAAACCAGAGGAAGCGCUGCAGGAUUUACGCCGCAUCAUUUAGUCUUAAGUUCAUCAGUGAGGAAAUGAACCUGCUAGAAGAGUUUCGAUGGCAUUAGAGGAAAUGAUGUAAGAGGAAGCUGUAGUUUCUGCUCUCAUUCACUGCAAUAACCUGCAGAUUCACUGCAGAGACGGACGCUUCGUUUUUAAAGUUUAAAGAGAAAAGAGAUUAUAAAGCUAUAUUUAAGUUUUACAUGUUUGCUGUGGUAAUUUAUAUUGAUGUGACCUUUGACCUUUGUUGUGAAUGUUUUGUUUUUUUUGUUUUUUAAGAAAAGAGUUUUAUGAACCCUCAU